AUGAAUAGAACUUUGGAGCAAUGCUAUGAGAUAAAAUUUUGCGUCAAACUGCAAAAGACGAGGAAGAAAACGUUUGAUUUGUUUACUCAAAUCUUCAAGGAUGAUCGCUUGUUGUACUCGCAGGUCAAAAAGUGGCACAGGUCGUUUACGGAAGGCCGGAUGGAAGUGGCCAAUGAGGCUCCAUCAUCAUCGCGAACAGAAGAUAAUGUCCCUCGUGCGCGGGAUUUGCUGAACAAAAGCCGCCAAAUGAGUUUUCGUUUGAUGUCAGAACAAUUAAAUUUGUGGAAAACAGAUGUUUAUCGAAUUGUUACGGAAGACUUGGCCAUGCAUGACAUUUGUGCGAAACUUGUGUCAAAAGUCUUGUCUGACUGCCUUCGUUGCCAACUCCUAUCUCACCCGGACUGGUGUUUUAAUGGGGUGCCGCGGGUUCCCUAUAGCCCUGCUAGAAUUCUUCUUGAUCCCAAGAAUGAAAAGGGAUCAGAAAUGAAAGCAUGUGGAAACCCUGAACAAUAUUCAUAA